UAUAUUCUUGUUAGUUUUUUCACAGCUAAAUAUUUCCCUUGAUUUUUAUUAGGAAAACAGAUGGCAUUGCCCUAGGGCAGGCAUUGUGUGUGUGUGUGUGUGUGUGUGUGUGUGUGUGUGUGUGUGUUUCCUUAGCCUGGGAGCUCCCUGAAAGCUGUGGAAAAUUGGAAAUUAAGGUUGGGGAACAGAGAUCUUUCCCUUUUUUCCUUAAGCUCCACACUGUUUCAUCCCAAAUUAGACUGGAUUCACACCCUAUUCUUCAGGUUCUCACAUUCUCCUCCAUUUGGGGAAGUUUUUCUUCCAGGAGGACAAAAAGAAGGGGCACGAUUUGGAGGGCUAGGGCUAGAAAAAAGAUGGGAAAGAGGGGGAGAACGAGGAGGAAGAAAACCCCUGAGGCUUGCAGUUUUCAGGCAUCCAGGACAAGGAGGCCCCUUCCUGGUCUGACUCUUGGGAGGCUGGGGUUCCAACUCCAUUGUGACCUAACAAUAAUUGUGAUGAUAAGACCAAGAUAUGUAGGGAUAAGGGGAAGCCCUUGUCACUUUUGUUCUCUAGAGUGGGAUAGGACACACUCCUGAGGUGGGUUAAGUAGUGUGGGGACAAAUUUCCCAAGUGACACAGAAAUAACUAAGGAAUGGAUAAGCGGGGCAAUGGUCUGAAGAUCCCUCUGUGGAAAAAGAAUCCAGAAGAAUUCCUGGAUAAUGAAGUGGAAGAGGGGGACAAUGAAGAGGAGGAGAAUUCUGAUGAGAAGGAGUCAGAUGAGGCAGAGAAUGCAUCAGAGAAGGAGGGGGAUUACUGGGAAUCGGGGCAGGAGCUCCAGGAUGGUGAUGGGAAAGACAAAGGCUCAGUAUCUUACUGUCCUCUCCGUCAAGAGUCCAGUGCAUCUGAGGUGUCGUCCCUGAGGCGCUCUGAGAGUGGAUUCUGGACCUGGCUCAGUCCCCUUACCCUUCUCUCCAAUCUAGCCUUUCCUGUGGACAGGAAGAGGAUCCAGCCCGGGCAGAUGUGCCUCCUGGAGAAGCAGCGAACCAAUGAUGGACCCUGUUCCCGCUGUGAGAUUCUUUUCUGCAGGAAAUGCGAGACUCUGCACUGUGACCCCAAUUAUGUUGAGCACUGUAUCCUGGACCACUGGGAAGGGGGUGCUUCAGAUCGUGAAGAAUUUGAGGCAGAACCAAAAAGCCCUUCCCAGGAGACAGUUUUGUUUAUGAAUCCUCCCUUCGUGGUGGAGGAUGUUCAAUAAAGCUCUCGGUGCAUCAAUUAA